CUCGCAUGACGAUGGCGGAUGUCGAAGAAGAUCCAAGCAGUCGAUUCGUGGACUACACGAAUGAGACAGACUGGGAGCGCUUCAUCGCGGCCGUGGAAGACGCGUUACUUCAGUGGGGUCUCAACGAUCAUGGCGCGAUGCCAGAAGGUGUCACGUCCGACAAAUUCAAAGUGUUUGGGUUGCAAAACUCGCACUACCUCCUCCGGCUGCACCAAGAAGACGUCCUGCAUGCUGCUCCUCCACCUGCUGCCAUCACCAUCCGCAAUGCUGCUGCUGCUUCAUCGUCGACAUCUACUUUGCAUUACACGCCGACACUAGCUAGCAUCGCCGAUCCGCGGCUGGACUUGACGUCGCCCCCCGAGUCAUUGCAUCGGUACUUUGGCUGCGACACAUAUCUGCUCUUGUAUCGGUACCAUCUCUUGGCGUACAACGACACGGAAGACACGAUCACACUGGACACGACGGCAGGGGUUCGCGACGACGAAGUCCACGUCCUCCUGAGCAGUCUCAUGGUGGCGCUGGGUAACUGCAACUGCACGUUGCCGGCGUUUGUGGUGGUGGGCGACCUGGACAACCAGCGCUUCAUGGGUGUCGCGGCGCCGGGGCUUCACAGCAGCAUCUCGAUGCAAUUCGACACGAACAAAGUCCCCGAGGUGCCCGCGGCCCAGCAUUGCAUCAGCGGCCUCCUCGAUCUCUUUCGGUUCAAGCUGGAGCAGAUCCCUUCAUCCAACAGCAACACCUUUCAUGCAUUAUUCUCGGCCUCGGUGGUGUACCAUUACGACUGGCAUCCGCCGCCGCCGCCACCAGAUUCGUCCUUGUUGGAAUGGAGACACGCCGCAGAUGGAAACCAUCAGCACCACGACCUGUGGAAGUACAUGACGUGGGGACCGGUCAAGUCGCCGCUCGUGUCGUUGGCGUUGCAAGCAGGAUGGACAUCCCUUCAAGAAGGCACGUUUGUCGACAAUGCAGUCCACUCGACGCUCAACCCGAUGGAAGCGCCGACGUUUCUCCUCACGUCUUUGCUUCACUCGUCCGCCCACAGCGGCGGCAAUCCACCGCUGCCGCCCAUGGCCCAGAGUCUGCAGCAGUUGGUGUCCAAUUUGCACCACGCCCGAUCUGUCACUCGCGACGUGCUCGUGUCUGAACUCGCCACCACGGCGCACGUGUCGUCUCCGAAAAAGUCUCCAUCGAGAUACCAGUCGCGGGUCCCAGCUGCGCGCGCAGCCGCUGUGAUCGGCCAUGCGAUCGGGUCGUGGGUGAGUCCGGCCGAUGCGGAGAUCCCUGCCAUGUUGGCGGCGGUGUUGGAACCCACGACGACGGACGGGGGCCCGUGGUGCCAUGCCCCCACCUGUCUGCAGCACGCCGUAGUCGUGGGGCAGUUAGUGUCGCGCCUGGCACUGCAAAUGUCGAGGUUGGAGGACUUGCAGGCGCAGUGUGUGCUGUGGGUCGAGUUUGUGCGCGUGUUGCGGGAUCAGUGGAGGACGCAGCAACUGCUGCCACACAUGGGUCUUGGACGCGAUGGGAUGCUGAAUCCGGUGGAAGUGGACCCGUUGGACGGGAUUUCCAUGCCAACUCCAGACUUUCACUUCAAUUUGCUGCAUCAAAAGCUGCAAUUGCUUAACCUGUGCAUCGUCCGCCGGGUCCGCCUGCCGUUGAGUCGCCGACAGAGCCACGCGACGGACGACGACGACGAGUUCUUCGACUCUCUGGAGGAGCUGCCGUGCGUGGGGGUGCUUCGGUCCGUGGAAGGCCACCGCCUGCUCCACCAUCCGACCAAGGAUCUGCAUGUGCCUGUGACACAGGACGCGGUGCCGCUCACGGAGGACAUUGCCAAGGAACAGCAGGAUAUUUUAGCCAAAUUGGGCGUAUCGGCGGAAUCGACGCUCCUCCGCCAACAGAUUCAAAGCACGUCCAUGUUGUCCGACAUGCAAGCGUUCAAGGCGGCCAACCCGUUGAGUUGUUUGGCAGACUUUAUUCGAUGGUACUCGCCGCGGGACUGGAGCGAGUGUGACGGGGAGAUCGUGGUGGACAUGCAGACGACGUUCCCCCAAGGACACCUCUCAGCCCGCAUGAGCCACCACCAGGAUGCCAAUCCGUGGCAACUCAUGUGGACGUCGGCCGCCGCCGUGCCCGCCGACAAGCAAAAGCCGCUGUUCGAUGCCCCCACGGAAGCGGAAAAGCUGUUUCAUUAUUUGGAAACCAUGGCCCCCGCCACGUUGCUCUAUCACAUGGUGGUUGCGACGCUGUCAAAUGCAUCCGUGUUUUGGCAAGUCGCGAUGGGCCACGAGUGGCUGGAGGCGUUCCCAGUGUUUGUGAGCGUUCGCGACCACUUUCAAGCCAAGUGCAACAAGGCGAUUGCCGCGCUGGACGACGCGGCGGUGGACGAGCUCCGCCAGCCCACGGCGGAGCAUCAGGUGCUCGAAGUGCUGGCGUUGGACGCAUGUGACAAGGCCGUGGACGCGCUCGCUCAAGUGGAAACGACCGUGGCGGCGCUCACGAGUCUGCGCCAUGUGCUGCCACAAGUGUCUGCUACGCUCGUCAACGACAUGGUCGUGACCAAGGGGCCCGUGGUCGUGGCCGCAGAGGACCGCGCCGCCGUGACGGAUGUGGUGUGGACGGCCAAAGACCCGAGUGGACCGCUACACCGCUUCCCCGUGGAAAGGGAAUAUGUGCUUCGACACACGGCACCGCGGCCGUUCUUUGUUGGUCCAAGGGAUGACGGCGGGAGACGGUCGGUGGAUGUCGUGAACCGAUUGUACGCCAACUUUACCCCGCACGAAGUGCGAUAUGCCCUCGUACUGACCGAUUCCGAGUUUUAGCAUGCUGUAAUAGUAGUACUCAGGCGUCGGAAACUCAUAAACAUUAUUUCCCCUUUUGUUCCUAUAUUGAACGAGGGAAUCCAGCCUCGUCCUACCCCUGGAAUGUACAAUAGUAG